GGAAUUCCAAAUGAUAAUUUCUAUAAAUAUAGGUAAACAUUCACGCCUUCGUUGUUUGCCUUUUCGUCCAGGCCUCAUUCUUCUGUGAGUAAACAAUUGGAGCAAGGGAAUCGGAUAUUUAUGCUGACGGUAGCGACCUGCAAACUCAUUAGCCGUUGUAACUGUGCUGAAGUUGAAAACAAUCAGUUGACGAGUUAUCGAGAGAAUCAAUUUUUGACUGCUUGCAAACUGUGUUCGAAUCAGGAUUUAUUUCAGAAAGGUAAGUUUCACUCGAAUUCGAGGAUUUAGGAUAGAAUUUGUGAAUUGGUUUCGAUCAAUGCUAAAUAAUCAAACAUCAAUCUACAAAGGCUUAACAUUUGAAACAAAAUUUUAAAUUAAAUUUCAGAGCCGAAAACUUUCUAGUAAUGGACCCAAUGCGGAACAACGAAGCGAAUGAAACAAGGUCGGAAUGCGUUCCCGAUCUGAAUAAACCAGGAGAAAUGGAAGUGAAUCCAAUUUCGAUGCGGAUUGAAACAACUGCGAAGAGUCUUCAUAGCCUGAGUCUGACCGAUGAUGGGAAUGAGAAUGAAACAAGUGUCUGUCGAUCUUCCAAUUUAACCUUAAAACAAGUGCGAAAAUUUCGAUCCUCGGUUGGCAACGAAUUCAUCAAGAAGAAAAAGCCAACCGGCGGGAAAAUCAGUGAACUCAACUUUUCCGCCCGUUUUACAGUGGAAACCUUGGAAAUAAAACUGCACAGUGAAGGCCGUCUGAUGUUGGUCGAUGAUGAUCUACUGGCGAGAGUGACGAUCGAGGAACCGGAGCUGUUGGAUGAAACGCGAGAUUUUGAACAGGCGAAGCAAGUUCUUCUGCAGCAGAUUCGGAUUGAGGAAGUGUAUUUCGACGAACUUCUUUCGGAACGGGAUCACCUUCGGACGGAACUCAUAAAUACUCUCAAAGAUGAGGGAUCGAAAUCGGCAAUCGAUCGUCACUUCGCAAUGGACUGUAUUCUAUUGAGGAGAAUUUUCGAACAUGACGAGGGUUGCCAGCUGUCAGGAUUUCAGUGUUUGUGUGAAAAAAUUAUGAAAAGUGGUUCGUUUUCCGUGCACUUCACCAACGCAGCAACCAAACUGUAUGACGUAGAAUGUGUUUUAAAAAGAAGGUGUGAACUUUUUCUAUGCAUUGCGACUCCACCGGAAGAGGAUUUGUCAAAGUUGCUCGAAACUCUGAAGCAAAUUCUGUCAACAGCAAGUGAUGUCCAUAGAAAGUGUUUACUGGAACAUGCUCCAAAAUAUUUAUCGGUUCAUUUGGAAAAGGUUUCGCCCGAAAGAAUCUUUUUAAUCAGUGACAGUGACGUUGGUGUGCUUUCAGAUGUGGGAGACGUUCUGGGAGGUGUAAAUUUCCAAAAACCUUUGGAAAACUUGGCAAGUCGCUUCACUACCCAAGUGGAUGGUUUUGAUUUCAACAAAUUUAGUCAAACGAAACCGUUUAUCAAUCCAUCCGUUAUUCUUCUCUGCAAAAGUUUCAAGGACCUCGUGGAAAAAAUUGUCGAAGUCUCUAACACCGAACGUUCGGAUUUUAUUCAAAUUGACGCCCAAACCGGUUGGCAUCCAACAAACGGGAUCACGUGGAAAAUCGAGGGUAAACAUUCACGCCUUUGUUGCCUGCCUCUUCAUCCAGACAUCAUUCCUCUGUGGGUAAACAAUUAGAGCAAGGGAAUCGGAUAUUUAUGCUGACGGUAGCGACCUGCAAACUCAUUAGCCGUUGGAACUGCGCUGAAGUUGGAAACAAUCAGUUGACGAGUUAUCGAGAGAAUCAAUUCUGGACUGCUUGCAAAUUCCGUUCGAAUCAGGAUUUAUUUC